AUGCCUGACCAACAACCUCCACCUUAUGGUGGUCAUCCGAAAUAUGGUCAGCAGUGGCCGGCAUAUGCCUCGAUGAUCACCCCAAACGCUUACAACCGCGCUGACUACGGUACACCGAAUGGACCUCCUCCGAACGCUGCUCCGAAAUCCGACAACAAUAUGGCAGCUUUCAACGCGAAUGCACAGCUCGCAGGACCAGGAGGCUCUACGAACCCGGCCCUCUUCUUCCCACCUCCUCCAUUUUCAUUUUUCAACCAGUUUGACCCGUCGCAACUUCCACCCAUUCCUCAGAUGCCUUACCCAGCGAUGGGAUUUCCCCGCCUCUGCUUCCAACAGGGUCCUCCAACCCUCCCGCGGCGCAUCCCAGUAUACCAAGCAGACAGCAGCAGGGAGGAAGGCGAAGUCAGUGAGGAGAAUGAGGAAACAUCACUCCCACCGAAGCCUCUUGCUGCUGGCCAGGGUUCUGAGAUGGAAGAAGAAGAAGCCGCAAGUUCUGGUGCACGCUCUUCCGGGAGAAGUAGUGGAUCACCAUACAACCCUCCUCUAUCAAUGUCUGUAGACACUGGUGCAGUACAUCACGCGAUGCAGUCUCAAAAGCGAGAUGCGCCUGCCACAAUAACUAAAACCCCUCAAUCCCAGAAAUCAGCUGCGCAGCUUCGGAUUCAAGCUCAAGGAGCUUUGCUCAGCUUGGCGCCUCACCACAUUCGCUUCAAUGAACUGGUUGCAGAGGGUAUAAAUCCAGUGGUCCUACGACAGCUUUACGAGGAAGUUGGAAUUAAGGUUGUCACGUCAACAGAGCAAGCCCCGGCCCAGGCUGACUCAAGCCCUGCCAAGGUCACAGGUGCCAUUGAAGCACCUAAGCAACAGGUCGAGGCAGCGAGGACAGCAAACGAAAAGCGUGUCUUGGCGAAGGCAAACAUACUAAUCCCGCAAUCUUCUGGCUCAUCGGCUGCUGCUCCACCGAGCUCAGAAAAGCCAUUAGAGAGGAAGGAGCUCAUUGCUCAAAUGCUGGCUGCGAAAGCUGCUAAAGCUGCACCUUCACCAGUCGGUAGUAUAAAGUCCGCACCGACCCCGCCGUCCAACUUGACUCCUCCAGCACCGAAGGAACUGCCUGCGAAGGAAAAAAGCAAAGCUCAAACCGAGUUGGCAAGACAACGAAUCGAGGAACUUAGGCGCAAUGCUUUGCGGAAGACUAAACUUGCUGCUCAACUAGACCAGACCGCGGUCUCAUCGCCACCUCAAGCUCCAGUUAUUCAGCAUCCGCUUCCCCUUCGACCUCCUGUGCCCGAGCUCUAUCAACCUGGUGGUCUCCCGGGACUUGUCAUGACUGAAUCAGCACAAGAGCCAGAUGAAAGUUCCGCUCCCGAACUCCUUCAUGAUGUAUCUGUCGACCCGACCCCGGUAUCACGAACCUCGCAGCGCAAGCGGCCUCGUGCGUCCGAUUUUGAUGAAACAAUCGCUCCUCCAAAGAAGCCUUUCACCCCGGUAUCUGGCUAUUUCACCCCCACCGAUAGACUCGUUAUUGCAAUCAGCGAUGAUGAAUCGCUUUAUGGCGAUGAUGAGGAUGACAACAUGGACAUAGACUCGAGUCCUGGAGAGGAGCCAGUGUCAUCCGGAAGCGCCACCGCCCAUGAGGCUGCCCUCCAGCAACAGCCCUCUAUCACCAGGGCUUCUACAUCAACUCCACAGGUUCCCUCCAGCAGUGAACAAGGAGACAUUCGACUCAAAGAUAUGGAAAUCCAAGCUAUGCGCCGCAAGAUUGCGGAGUUGGAGCUACGACGUAAAUCGAAACUUGCUGCUAGUCGCACUCAAUCACCUCGCACCUUGGAUGACUCUGGAACAUCGUCAUCUGGCGGACAAUCUUUUGCGGCUGACGUGGGGGUGGCAGAUACUCCGGCCGCACCUACCUCAGUCACUACUCCCCCUCCUCUUGUCUCGCUGAUCGUUCCAAUAUCAUCGAUUCCUUCAUCCAAAAUUCUGCGGAUGAGGGACAUUGAAUCUGGCCAUCCUGAUUUGGACGCGGGAAUUUCUUCGUCCGAGUCCCGUCUUUCUGUUUGUCGUCAAGAGGCUGAGGCGCUGAUAUCGGAUAUCACCAAGGGAAGAGAAGAUCGGUGUCAACUCGUGGAGGAGUUGAAAGGUCUCAGCUAUGAGAUCAACGGGUUGUCAUCAGAAGACUUGAAUGAGCUUCGGCGACAGGCCGAAAUCAAAAAGCAACAUCUCCCCGCACCAGAAGCUUCUCCGUCAUCUCCACCUACCCUCAGCAACGUUAUCCCGGAUGGCUCUGGUCGUGAGCCAGAAGAUACCCUUGGCUCCCAGGUGCCUGCGCAAGAAACGUCCACAUCAUACCAGACAGAUUCUGCUGGGUCAGCCAUGGAUGAGUCUGAUGACAGUAGCAGCGAUGAACCUGAUUCGUCUAGCGAUGAUGAACCUGCUAACUCCCCUGUCCAAGCUGAUCUUCCCGCAACUGUUCCUGAGUUCUCAGAGCCUAUGGAUAUUGACUCUUCGAAUGAAUCCGAAUCCGCGAGCUCGCCAUCUGCUGCAGCCCACUCUGAUGCAGAGCCUGCCGAUCAACACUCCUCGCAGCAUGAAGAUAGCGAACGGUCUGUUCGUGAAUCUUCGGCGGUAUCUGAUGCUUACGAGCCGCCUGAGCCUGAGACUGAUGCUCAGUCCGAAGGCUCUAGCUACAGCCCUCCUCCGUUCAGCCCAGCUCCUCCAUCUCCUCCAUCUCCUCCAGCUCACGUAGAAAACACAGCAACCUCAGCGCCUUCGGUUGAUAUCACUCAAGCCGAUGAAGCACUAACGAACGAUAACCAGGUGCCAGCCCAAUUGCCCCAGUCGGACUCGCAAGUUGGCGUUCUUGGCACUCAAGAAUCAUCCGCCAGCUCGGGGAAGAGAUUCACCCCAUACAAAAGUCCUCUACGAAACUUCAAGGCUUAUCGAUAUCACCCCAAUUAUGCUGAAGACGUUUCGAGCGGUCACCGUUCGCUAACAUACAGUCAUAAUAUUGAUUCGAUGCAAUACCUAUGCCCAUACGAAUUGGCCGGGGGUGUCUGCAAUGACCGAUCCUGCGAGUUUCAGCAUUUUCGGGACAUGACUCUAAGCGACGACAAAAUUCUCGUCCAGAUGGGUGCCGUCCGAGAGGGUGAGACUGAAGAAGAAAAAGAAAACUAUCUCGCUGGGCUGAAAGAGAUUAUCAACGACAUGCGGCGUGAUAAGGUGAAAGACUUCGACAUUGUGGCCGCCGAAAUAGCCGCAUACCGUAGGCGCUUCCUCAAAGACCCGUCGCGUGUCUUGCCCCUGUAA